AUGAAUAAAAGGAAUAAGAAACCUUCACUUAUAGCAUAAUUGUAUUUUGAUUUGAUUUAGGAGAUGGACAAUGUAUGAAUAAACAUAAAUUAGAGAGUAUAAUCGAUAAUGAUAUUGAUUAGUCGCAAAUACUUAAUUAAGAUGAUGCAUCAUUGUCAUAUAAUAUAAUAUAGCUCUUUAAGUCAAUUGAUUAGAUGCGUUAACAAUUGCAGUAAUAAUUGAACGAGCAUAUUAAGAAUGAUUACGAGACAGUUAUCUAAAAUUUAGAAGCCUCUGUUAGAAAGCACAUUAGAACAUAAUACUAACUGAAUCUUCAGAUUGAAUUACUAAAUAGUAAAAUAGAGGAACUCUUAAAAGAGAAAGAUGUUUAAGUGAGGCAAUUUGAGGAUAAAAUACACAAAUUGCAAUUGUAGUUGUAAGAGAAACAUACUGAAAGUGCAGGAAAUUUAUAAACUAAUUUUCUGAAUCAUUUUUCUCAAUUAGAUUUAAACACACAAAAGAAAACACCAUCAGCUUAUGAGAAGAUCAAUAAAUUGAUGUCGAACAAGUCUUAGUAGAAUAUACUUAGCACAAAUGGGUUUUUAAAUUAGGAUGAGCGUUCGCUUUCUUAAAGAAAAACGUCUUAUCCUUUGAGAAAAUCAAUAGAUACUAAACUACUACAAUAAGAUAACAAGAAACGAUAAAUUUGCUUUUAAAAAAGCAGGCUCUAGCAAUCUGCUAUUAAGUAGGAUUAUUCAUGUUCCCAAACAUAAAGAGAUGAAUAAGUCAGUGUUGAUCAGAGAAAGACUAAAAAGAUAAUAUUGUAACUCAAAGGGUCGAUCCCUCAGUACAGUAACAUUCACUUAACUAGAUCUGGUUUGCAAUUUUGA